GCGGUUGGGGCGGGAGGGGCAGUUUGUGAGGGAGGGCGCGCGGGUGGGAAAGGCGAGCAGUCUGCCUGAGCACGUCAGGGAGUUGCCUGUCAGCAGUGUGGGUUUUACCUGGGUCCGUGCUGCCUGUGUUUCGCUAUGCUACCAAACGCAGACGCGGCUUUCAUUAGGCAAUUCUCGUGCCCGUUUCUUUUUCCUUGCUUUCAUUCGCAAAGAGGUGGCAAAAUCUGAGUGCUGUAGAUAGCUGUCAUCGCCAUAGGCUGCAAGUGUAGGCUGAGACUGCAAAUUGUGCCAUUAAGCACUGCUUUCCAGAACAUUCCGACAAAUUUUUCUGCUGAUCUUUUUGUGGAUUUUUGGCGUUGGUUUUUUUUUUUUUUUAAUUUUUUUACAUUAUUCUCAUUUUUACAGAUAGUGCCCUGGUGCUUCCAUAGUGUUCCUGUCUAGUUUCUUGCCUUUUCGUGGUCCAUUUUCCUGAUUUUGUGUUCUUUUUGCCAAGGAUGCUAAUUUUGAUGUCUUUUGUCCAUAGUCUUUGUAUCCCAGAAAUAUCCACUGAGGGAGAUGUCUUUUCCCAUUCACCCAGACUAACCUCCUUGGGCUGAUUUGUCAGAACAAACUUCUGUCUUCGCACUGAGUUUGAUAGGAAAAAGCCAGAUAACACGAUUCUGUAUAUUUAUUUCUCCUUUAUCUCCUCGUUCUUUCUGUUAUUGACCAGACCUCCAGAUCACUCAGCUGGGGACUUGUCCCCUGGACAGUGUUUUAAAAUACAUUGCUGGAUCACAUAAAAAUAUUUUCCUGAGCUUGAUAGGGUGAGAGGAGGGGAAUCACAGUGCAGAAGGAGCACAUCCACUCUGACUGUGAUCAUGUUCAGCCUUUUUGAAAAAUGUUGGUUGCAUCACUUUGUAGUGGGUGCUUCUGAGACAUAAGCCUGAAGCAGACUUUGAAUUAUGUAUGUGGAAUGCCUACAUGGAGGCUGGCUCAGGAGGUUGAUGUUUCCAAAGCAUUUGGUGAACAUUAUGCAUGCUGUUACUUCAAGGGCUGCCUGUAAAGGGGUCUCCUGAUUUCUGCACUAGCGGCAUAACUGUUUUUUUUCUUUUUUUCUUUAAUUCUGCUAGGCUGCUCGACAACAUAUUAUUAGAAUUUUGUUACCUACUGUCUGUUGCAGCUGUUGAUGCUUGCUAAAAAGCUUUUCACUUUCUUAAGUGUGUGAUAUGUAGUUGCUGAGCAAAAAAGUUCAGCGUAUAUGUGACUUGACGGUGGGACUGGUGUGUUCCCUUUGCCUCAUGUGGAAAGGAGGAUGGCUUUGUUAGGUCCAGCUGAUGUGCUUGGGCUUGAAUGGGAAAGGCUUAUUUGGAAAGCUACAUGUUACUAUGGUCCCCAUAUGUAACUGGAGAGGUGGCUCAUUCCAGUGCAUCUGAUUGUCAGGUUGUUGGGUCACUUCAGAGCACUGAGAAGGGAUGAGCAGCUUCCAUGAAUAACAAGAGAAAACAGGCUGGGGAGGCUUUGUCCUACAGAAGUGACCCCUCAAAAUGGCUGCCGUGCUCUGCUCCGUCGCUGCAUAGAGAGGCCGUGUGAGCAGCUUCUCUCUGGCUUUCAGAAGAGGAUGGAAGGACAGAGUGGAGGUAUGAGUGGUGGAUAGGGCAAUGGAUGCUGAGGGCUGUGCCCAAGUGUAUACUGGUAAUGUUACAAUACCAAACUUAUUCUGGUACCUAAUAUUUAUGAGUUGUUUGGUAGUGUAUGUGCUCAAAAUUGCAGUGUUCUCAUGCUGUCCAUGUGCUGCCCCACACAAGAAGUGGCAGAUUCUUCUGGGGCUGUUGUGUCAACACUGAGCCUUGGGCUUUAUGGCUCUGCUCUUCCUCUGGCUCCUGUGAGGUGACUGAGUGGCCACAGACAGCAAGGCAAGGAGGUGGGUCAGAUGUGCAGGCCCUGCAGCCAGGGGUCAGGGUUUGAUUUAAGAGCACAUGGCAGCAUGGCUUCCUGACCAUACAGGUCAGCCGCACUGGUGAACUUCUCAGUUUGUCUGACCCCUUUCCAGGAGUUACACUGGGAAGGGACAAGCUAAGCCAUGAGCUCAGAUCCCCGAACUCAUUACACUCUUAAGGGGAGAACGUGUGUGCAGAGGGCAUCUGUACCUCGGUGUAUGGAUACAGUGCCUCUUGACAAAUUAAGCUGGCAGUACUUCUUUCCUUAGGGGCUGUCAUUACCAUGCCAGUCACAUCAGGGAACCAAAUACCUGGGCAGUCUGUGUAUGUGUUUAUCCCGCGUGCUAGGUCUGCUAAAAUGCAAAUCACUGCCUCAACCCAGCAGAAAGGCCUUUCCUCUGGAGAGAGACCAUGUGACUUCAGAUGUGCAGAUGGUAACUUCAGCCCAUCCCUUUCUCUGCCUGAGAUACAGGAGGCACUGUGACAAAGCAGAUCUCCAAUAGCGUGCAAACAGCACAGCUGGAGGACUGCAGCCAAGAACUUCUGCAUCAGGACGAAUGUGGCAUUUACCCCUGACUGCUUCUGAGGAGCGAGGCUCAAGAAAUUUCCUCUUGGGAAGCUGUGUCGGUAGGUGGAGAGCAAGUGCAUUGUGAGCUCCAGAGCUCCAGGGAGGAUUGGAGCACUGCAGAGAACACUGCAGAGCUGCGCCCCUCGUUAUGCAGUCCUGGUUCCAAAAAGGGACUGCUUCAUCUUCAAAAGGAAGCUUCUAAAGCUCACUUUUAAAGAGCAACUUGCCUUUACCCUGGGUCUGCAAAGUGAAUGAGACAGGAGUCAGUGCCUUUGCCCUGACAAAAAUCAUUGUGCUUCAAGCUAUUAAGUUUGGCCUGGACUGGAUCAGUUAUCCAGAACUUCUGAAUACAGCCGUGGUGUGGGGAGCACAGGAACACUCCUUGUGGCUGAAGGAAGAGCACAGUUGAUGUGUAUAAUGCUAACAGCUGAGAGAGACAUGCUUCCUACCAGCAGUGAUUAAAACCAGAAAUGGAGAACACCAUUAGCACCAUGGGGUGCAACGCUUCUUCAGAUUACAAUAAAUCGAAAUACGGUGAAACAGCCAUUAAAGCUACUGUGUUAAUCCAGAGGUGGUACCGCUGUAAAAGAGCCCAGCUAGAUAUCCGUCGCCGCUAUUCUCUGACUAUCUUUCAGUCAAUCGAAUAUGCUGAUGAGCAAGAGCAAACACAGCUGUCCAACUUUUUCACGUUCAUGCUGGAGCACUAUGUUCGUCAUGGUGAAGUUGCUCAGACUUCCACCAGCUCCCACGUUUCUCCUGAUGCAGACUCGUAUGUAACUGAAUAUGAAAAGAUUGAUGUUCCAGACUCCUAUGACGGACCACGACUCUCAUUUCCCCUUACUCUUGCGCAUGCUAAGGCUCUUCUUAAUGCCCUCAAGAAUCGGCAGCUGCUUCAUGCCCGCUACGUACUGCAGCUGUUACAUGAGACCAAGAGGGUUCUCAAGGAGAAGCCAAAUAUCACCCAUGUUUCGGUUUCCUACUUCAAGGAGAUAACCAUCUGUGGAGACUUGCAUGGAAAUCUGGAUGAUCUUUUACUGGUAUUCCACAAGAAUGGUCUACCUUCAGAAAACAACCCUUAUGUCUUUAAUGGUGAUUUUGUUGACAGAGGAAAAAAUUCCAUGGAGAUACUUAUAAUCCUGUUUGCAUUUCUUCUUAUCUACCCCAAUGAUUUUCACUUGAAUAGAGGAAACCAUGAAGACUACGUCUUAAACCUAAAAUAUGGCUUCACUAGAGAAGUUUUGAAGAAAUAUAAGGUCCACAGCAGGACAAUUUUGUAUCAUCUGCAAGACAUUUUCAGCUGGCUUCCCCUCGCCACUGUAAUUAAUAACAAAGUGCUUGUUGUACAUGGAGGAAUUUCAGACACCACAGAUUUGGAUUCCCUGAAUUUGAUUCAGAGAAAUAAGUUGAAAACGUUGAUGAAGAUACCAAAGUCAGAGAGAGACAGAAAGAACCAGGUGAAAAUACACGGUGUCUCCUCAUCAGGCUCCCCUGAGCUUUCCCGAUCGAGUUCGCAUCCAGAGCUCAGCAAGAAGGAAUGGAAACAAGUCCUGGAUAUUCUCUGGAGUGAUCCCAGAAAACAGCAUGGCUGUACUCCGAACGAGCGUCGAGGAGGAGGUUGUUAUUUUGGCCCUGACACUACUGAGCAGCUGCUUAAAAGGUAUAAUCUGAAGAUGCUAAUCAGGUCUCACGAAUUUAAGCCGGAUGGCUACGACCUCACUCAUGAUGGGAAGGUUAUCACUAUAUUUUCUGCUUCUAACUAUUAUGAAGAGGGGAGCAACCGGGGAGCAUACAUCCGAAUGAAUCCUGAUCUGGUUCCUCAUUUUGUACAGUAUCAAGUCUGCACAUGCACAGACAAGGAGAAAAACUGGGAGAGGGUGAAAACAAUUGAACAGUCUGCUUUACAAACCUUACAAGAGAAGAUUUUUGUUCACAAGCUUACACUCACUGAGAGCUUUGCAAAGUAUGACUGCAACAGCACAGGCAAGAUUUCUGUCAGUGACUGGGCAGCAGUGAUGGAGUCUGUCCUGCAACUCAAACUGCCCUGGAGGACGCUGAAGUCUCAGUUAGUAAAGACAGAUCCAGACGGAAAAGUUGACUACAUGUCAUGUUUUUCCUACAUGGACAUAGCUCGUCCUACGCAUCAGGUUCAGCCAACUUUGGUUGAAACGCUGUGCAAAUACAGAAGAGAUCUGCAGACAAUCUUUAACAUCAUGGACGAAGAUCAGUCAGGUCUGAUUUCUCCUGCUGAGUUCCGCAAGACCUGGAAAACCUUCAGUUCUCACCUGGGAAUUGAUUCACACGAUGCAGCCAUUGACAAGUUAGCCCAGAGCAUAGACUACAACAAAGAUGACUACAUUGACUUCAAUGAAUUUUUAGAGGCCUUUCAUGUGGUUCACAAACUAGAGAACAAGGCAGCCUAGGGAGAGGGCAGAACUUGUUGGGGGUCACGGGAGCUCACCUUCCUGCCAUAGUCACAACAGCCUGGGAAAGCAAUUUCCAGCCAGACAAACAAUAAACGGUAAGCGGUGCGGUCGCUGUGUAAGCUUACAUUUAAUCUCUUCGGGAUGAUGCGUACCUGCCAGUGAGGAAGCCAGAAGAGAUGACCACUACCACGUACAGUAUUGCUGUGUCACUGCCACGUCAGUACCUUAUCCUCACCCUUGGUGUCAUCUCCACCACCACUCUAGUCUGUGAAUGCCACCAAGGUAGCACCUACAACGCCAUGAGAAGAGAUGCUUUAGUAGGUUUCUCCCAGCAGCCCUUAAAGACUGCUGAGAAAUAGCACUGAUGACCACAGGGAGCAUACCAGUCUCUCCUUGGGGAGAGAACAGGAAAAACAGGCUUUCCACGGACCAUCCGGUCCAGGUGAG